AUAUCGAAAUUUCAUUCGCCAUGCUUCUUUGCAUCUUGCAUUUCUCUACGCAGCCCGCCGUUUUGUCGGUCAUAUCGGUCGAACCAUGCGGCCCUGAGGCGUCAUCAUCAUCAACACACGGUGCGGCCUCCCCCAUAGUCCACGGUAAAAUCGACGGAUCCGAAUCGCUGCUGUUGAUCCUCCACCUCGUGGCCCGUUAUCGAGAUACAAGAAAGCCAUUGAUUGGAGAUUAACGAAUUGAGACAAGAGGUCCACUGGCAGCUCAUGGUUCGAUCUUCCUCUUUGAAAUCCAAGGCCAAGUCACCCAGUUUGGCGUCUGCAUCCCUGGAGCCUGGCCUCGGUGCACCCAAUCUUGUAUGCG